CUUAAUAAGAGUUUCAUCAGUGUUUAGAAAAAUAUUUUUAUUGUGUUUUGUGUUUAAUUUUCCAUUUAAUUCAAUGGAAAACAUAUCUCAAGAAAUGUUUUCCUAAUAUUUAUAACCGAUAUGAUAUUAUUUUUGUUUAUAAUUGCUUAUUCUACGUAUUUAGUGUGAAAUAAUGUGGUGGUCAAGUAUAUAUUUUGCUCUUAUUUUGAGUUGUUUUCAUUUUGUUGCUGGGAAUAGGCAAGAUUUCUCCCAAAUAUGCAAAGAAAAUAUACAGAGGACACUUAGAUGCAGUACCCAGCUGUCUGGACCCGAUGGAGAACUGGCGGACUCUGACAAGUGUAAAGUGGAAUAUUACCCAUCUGACAGUGCUGAAUGCAGGACAAUGAAUUUUGGACCCUUCAAAUCUGACAAACCGUUCAAUGCAGACAUAGGCGGCGUUAGUCUCCGGCCUUAUAUUAUGGAUACACACGGACAGAGGAGCUUCAAUUAUACAGUCCUUAAUAUUACGUUCACUAAUAUUAAGUGGAAAACUAUGAAGUUCCGUUUCCACGAUCCGAACCGUGCGAACAGUUACCACUGCCGGAACAUCGUGAUAUCGAACGACGUGACAAUCGACGAUCGCUCGGUGCUGUACUACGACUGCUACUGGUCGUAUACCGAUGGGAAUUACAACGGCACCAGCCACUUCCUGGACUUCGAGGCCUCUGAUGAUUCAAGUACUAACAGGGGACAAUAUUUCUUCAACAUACCCAAUAUGCAGAUGCUUAGUACAACUGUGACAGAAAACGAAUGGAAACCAUUCCUAUACAUAGAGAUACUGUCAAGCGUAUUACGAUUGCACAUAAUGCCACCACCACCUCAAGUCAACAUAACCGGUUACAAAAUAGAAGUGCGCAGAGGGUGCAGUAAAGGCACUCUGGAAAAAUGCUCCGAACAGAUUGUCAAAACUGCCAACUUCACGCUGAAAGAUCGCGAAGAGGAGAUGACAUAUGAUUAUUACUUCUUGAGGAGUCCCGGUGCCCAUUAUUUCGUUGUUACCCCACUGCAUGAUGGCUGCAGCGGUGUGGAGACCGGUUGUCAAGUGGUAGCGAGCCCUAAGAUCGGUAUAACUACCGAUGAACACAAAACGCUCAACAUUUGUAUAGCAAGUGUUACAGCGCUGAUUGUGGCCUCCCUGUUCGCAUACUACAUAGUGCUACGCUUCAUAAGGAGAUAUUUUUGCAGAGAUUACAGGGGAAUGUAUACAGCAAAUGAAAUCCCGCCGCCGACAAAAGUGCUGGUCAUCUACCCACCUGGCAAUAGGCUUCACGCAGAAUGUGUAGGCUCGUUCGUAUCGUACUUACGUUCUGAAUUCGGCUUCGAUAUUAUGUACGACGGGGAUAUCAUAAAUCUCGCUCAUAGAGAUCCAUUCAUUUGGGCCAAAGAAGCCUUCGAACUUGCCUCUCAUAUUGUAUACAUAGUGGGCCCAGCAGACGAGUCAAAUGUUUACAACAGCAUCUACGAGAAACAAAUAAUACCGGCCCACAAGAACGUAGAUAUCUUACUAUUGAAUUUGGUGAAGACUAACCGUGGCACGAGGGAUCAUAAGAGUCUGUCAAACGUAUAUUUUGAACACUCGAAUGGGCAGGUACCGAUCGAAAUGAAACACUGCAAAUCGUUCUUUUUACUCAGCGACUGGAAGAAACUGAUAUCGUAUCUCUCCAAGAACUUGAUACCGGAGAAGCAGAUAUCUCGUACCGAGAAAGGUAAGUACUUUUUGGAGGAUCUGUCCAGGGCCAAGAAACUGUUGAGUGGCAACCGCGAUGACGUCAUAGUUCGAUGCGAGAAGAUAAACUCGUUUGAUAAGAAGAUACUCGUAUAAACUUAAUGGUUGACGGUUCUUGAAUAUUUACAUGGCAGUGGAACUCGCUGAAUAUUAAAAAUAUUUCUGAUAAUAAUAUCACAUUCAUAUCAAGGUUGUUGCUACAAAUUUAAUUAACGUAUAUCUAUUUAUUUUUUAACUGACCUCAAAAAUUGAGGGUACUCAAACAUGCUUUUUUUUUUGUAUGUACUGCGCAAAUUUGUAACGGAUUUUUUUUUUAUUUUUUGUUUAGGUCGAUUUAUUUGCGCAACAAAAUGUUAAUGUGUUAAUAUUAAAACGGAGUUGUAUGUUUAAAUUCUUUUUGUAUUGAAUCUGUUGACGUUAGUUAUUAUAAUAAUAAUAAAUAUUAUUUGACAUUAACUCACAAAAUGUUUGUGGGGUUCUUAUGAAAGAUUAUAAAGUAAUAUUAGUCUAUGAAGUUUUAAAGUGUGUAAUUUUAUGGCAGAUUUAACAUGUUAAAACCAUGUUUUUAUAGAUAUGACGUGAUUUCCUUCAACCAAUCAAAUAUAUAGCUAAUCAGAGGCAAUAAUGCUUUAGAAUACACAUUCUAAAUAACCAUGAAAAUAAUAAUUUUUGGUUCUAAAAUUACAAUUUACUUACAUAAUAGUUACUUACUUUAUAUUAUAUUAGUUGUGCCCGCGUGAAAUUUCUAGCCUAUAUUUUAUUCUGAUGUAUAAGCUAUAUUACUGUAAAGUUUUAUCAAAAUUAAAAGGGUAACAAACAUCCAUCCAUACUCACGAACUUUCGCUUUUAUAAUAUUCAUAAAAAGAUUUUAUAUAUGUAACUAUUAUGAUAUGGGCGUACCCGGCUUCCAACCCUCAGAGGCAAGUCAGUUGUCUAUCAGGGAUGGGUCGUCGAAUAUUAUUUUCUUUUCUUUCCCCAUGGAUUUCUAUAAUGACUGACUUACACACUAUCAGAACUUUAAUGACGAUAAGCUGUGAUGGGAAAAUGAUAAAUCAACGUGUAGCUACAGCGCUGAUUCAUUAGAUAUUCUUAUAUCUGUGCACAUUAUAUGAUAAUAUAUUAUAUUACAGAUAUCGGCAUAGUAGUCUAAAGAUGUCGAGUCUGAUAUAAAAGUUAUAAAAAUUGUGUCUUAAUGUACCUAUAACCGUAUAUAUAGGGUAUUUCUCUUUUAAUAAUUUAAAAAAUCAAGCACAUGUUCACUAUUCUUGAGUUAGGGAUCUUAGAUUAAUUGUAACCUAAAUCAAAGACCCUUGACUCAUCUAUUUCUGCCAAGCAGCUUGCUUUGUAAGCUGUUUCUGUUUGAAGACUGAGAUAUUGCAGUGGACUUAGUCCGGAGGUGAUAAAAAUAGCUACUCAUGAGAAAUACAGGCAUCAAAUUACGAUGUGUAGUCCAUAGUGCUGCUGAUGUUACGACGGUUAAUACUUUCCAUCUGGUGGACCAUCGAUGUCUGUCUCAUUCCAGUGAAUAGAAAACGGUAAAAUACAGUAACAAUAUAAUAGUAGUAAUGAAAUAUAUAAAUGCGAAAAGUUGUCGACUUUAUAUGUUUUCAGGUAUUUUUUCAGACCAAAGACUCGUACACUUUGACUAUUAUGUUGAUUACAUAUUGCCCUUAUUCAUGAAAAGUUUAAACCUAUUUCAGUUAUUGUCCUUUUCUUCUUAGCUACCUUUUUCAUUUCUAAGAAAGAGACAAAUAGUAGUUUGGAAGUUAAAAUUUUUCGGAAUAAGGGCACAAAAUUUAUGAAAUGUUAUAUGUUAUCGCCAAUCCGAGGUUUAAUUAAAAAAUGGCCUCUAAUCUUACUUUCUUCCUUUAAAUAUAAAAAUCGACUGCUUGCAACUACAGCGCAUUAAUUUGUUUUACAUAUCGUACUUGUAAAUAAUAAACAAAACAUAUUCCUAUAUAUAUACCCAUAUACUAAAGCAAAUCCACUUCAGAAUAUAUAAAUAUAAAAUAAAAAAUAGUCUCUGCAAAUGCGAGCUCACAUCGUAAGCGCAAAUGCAAAUGUAAAAGAGAA